UAUAUUGUUGGUCAUCAUAUGAAUAAAAUGAUCCAUCUCAACUAUUGUACGGAAGUUCGAUGCUUUUUGGGUGAUCGUGCUCGACUUCCCCCCAUAUGUUUUUCAAUAAAAUCCUGUUUUGAUGCACCUGAAUGGGACUUUGCAGUCGUUUGUCUCUUCCCUCAAAAAAGAACAGGUGACAGAUCUUGGUGCCGAAACCGGUUUGAGGAGGGAGCUUUUGGGUUGGCUGUGAGGUCCGGCGGGUGCGGCCAAACACACACGGACGGGAGCCGACCAGGUCGACUGAGUGACGUGCCAGGCAACAGAUAGAAGGUAAGCACCACCUGUUGAUUCAAAAUAAUGUCCAAAGGUGAUAAAUUGGAAAUUAAGCUAAAUUAAAUGUUCACUCAGUAGAGCUUCUGGUUUGUGUCCGUGGGGAUUUUGGGGUGUUUAUGUUAAGAUGUUAUGUGUUUAAAUUGAUGUGUUAUAUUUGUUGACUGUGACGCCAUCAGGCAAGCUUUAGUUUAGGGUAUUUGGUCAGAUUGAUCAGCAGAACUGGGUUCGGGCAUCACAUUAGAUUGUUUGUUGGGGCUUGGAGCCCACAGUGAUGCUUUUAAGACGUAUAUAAAUUAGUUUAGGACCGGGGUUGGACCCCGAUGAAUGCAGUUUUGUCCAGCGUUUGGCACCGACCAAUAGCCGCGGGCAUUCGGACUCCCGUUAAUAGGCUAGGCCAGGGCCACCUAUGGUCUAGGCGAUCUAAGGGGAUUGCCUUUAUACUGCAUUGUUUGACUGACACAAUUAGGAUAAACUAAAAUUGAAACUGCAGUUUUCUAAUACAGACCAUCUUGAGAUAUCAAUAUUAAGUACAGUUUCAUGCAUGUAAUAAGAGUCAAUACACAGAAAAAUUUAGCUUUAUCCUUUCAUGUCGUCUGUAGAGACACGUAUGUACAGAAAGUGUUGUGCACUAUUCAAAACUCUAUUGAAAAGUGCAACAAACAAACUUAUUCCAAGCUCUUUAGUAAGAAGACACGUACACGUAUUAUUUCCAAUUUGUCACAUUUGUAUAAACUAUUUCAGCUUCCUUAGCAAAAAUCCCAAACAGUAUAUGUAAAUAUAUCACGUCUUCAGAUGGAGAAACAUUUUAUAUGUAAAAUGGCCUGAGUGUAAAUUUAGCCCAUUCAGGACAAAUUUGUGCUGCUUGUAAAAAGCACAUUAACUGCUUGAAAGCAGUUUUACAGCGUAGACCUUUUUGAGAUAUCAGUAUCAAGGAGAUGUAACUUCUUACUUUGCAAUAUUUAGACAGUUUGCUUAGCAAAAGCCAACAAAGUAAAGCAAAAUGAAAGUUGUAACAGGAAGCAUUAUCCACAAAUUAUGAAAAAAAUUCUGACCAAAUCACUUUAACUUUGAAGUCUUUUAGAGCGCUCCAUUUCUACUUACUCCAAUCCUCUUGAUGCUCUUGGUUUCCACUUUACUCCUUUUUCUAUAAUGCUUGAAACCAGACCAGCCAGUUGAGCAGCAGAGCAAUGAUAACUGAGCCAAAGUGAACAAAAAAAUACUAUUCAAAUGUGUUUACUGGUAAUGAAGGUGGCAUUUUCAGAACACAAGAAUAUUCAGCAUUAUUGUGCUGAGUACCUUUUUUUUUCACUGGCUUCCCCUGGUCACCCACCACAUAAUCACACACACACACGCUCAGGUUUCAGGUUGGAGAUCCCCUGUGUGACUAAGAUAGGGAAGCCCAUGCAGGUGUGUUUGUGAGUGACUCAACCCUGAAACAGAGACAUGGAAAGGUGAAGUGGGCUAAUUGUGUGCUUUUUGACUGGGUCUUCCCUUUGAUACAAUGCAUCAACAGAAUCCCCUAUUUGCUGAAAACAAUGCAAGACUGAAACUUGAUUUAAUUUGUAAUAAAUAUAAAAGUGACUUACUGAAAGCAAAAAUAGGGUCAAUGACAAUCUGAAUUUCGAGGAAUUAUUGUAACAGUUGAAAGAAAGACAAAAAAGACAGACAGACAGAAAGAAAGAAAGACGCUAAAUAAGAUUAACAAACCAAACAAAACUGUGUCCUCUUAUUACUCUCACUCCCCCCUCUUUUUCAUUCUUUCUGUCUCCUCCCACCCAUGGAACAGAUCACCCACAAAAGCGCAAAAUGUCAGCACUCAGUGCCCAUUACCAAAUUGCUGCAUUUAUUUUCCAGCACUGAACCGGAAAAAGGGCUUCGAGUUGCGCCAUAGCAGCUGUUGCUCUACUCGGUUUAUCUGAAGGGGGUUUCACUUCCGUACAGCUCUUAGACAACAUUUCACUUGAAAUGACACAAGCUGUAACGCUUUAUGGUUGCUACGUUCUUCUUUCCUUUUGCUAGAGUUGUUAGCUCAAUAUAGCUUUAUAAACUGUGAAUAAAACUGAUAAGAUUUAAACUGAAGCAGGUAGGAACACUCUUUGAAAUGAAUAUUCUAGAAAUUUAAUGAAUUCAAAUUCCUGUCUUUUCCCAUAAUGAAAAUUGUAGUAUCUUUUGUUAGCUCACAAGCGGUUUCCUUUAAAUUUUCAGUCCCCCAAGUUCCCGAAGACCGAAAAAAAGACCUGAUAGCCAUUAUCUUUAAGAAUGACUUCAUGCUGUUGCUCAUGCACAGCAUAACAAAACAAUAAAAACAUUAAAAAAAAGUUACUUUGUUCAUUUUUCACAAGAUUAAACUCAUGCGCUGUACCCUCCAUCCAAUAGAAGAAGUACUUGUAUGAAUAUGUGUGAAUGGAUGAAAGCGGCAAGUUAUAUAAAGCGCUCUGAGUGCUCAAGAAGAGUAGAAAAGCACUACGAACCAGUCCAUUUACCAUUCAGACCAAUGUCACUGAACAUAUUUUCCAUUACUUGUUUCAGCAGGUGUACACCUGUAAUAAAAUGAAUUAUUCAGGUUUGACUAAUACUUCAAAUUAUUUUACAUAAGUUUGUAUCUUUGCUCAGAAGUAUGUCUUGAUGGAUGCUUAAUCAUUCAGGUAAAUAAAUCCCAAAAAGUUGAUUCUGUUCAUCUGGACUGGGCUGUGAGUUGAUCAGAUCCUGACCUCACAGCCCAUUGUUCAUUCAGUAAUUGUGCAAAGGUACUGUUGACGAAACGUUUCUCCCACUUAAAACGCUACGUCCAGAUGAACAGAAUCAGCUUUUUGGGACGCUCAGAAGUAUGUUUUGUGAUUUUGUUCAAGGAUUCAGUGCACAGACAGCAACAUGGCGCUAAGUCAUUUUGCUGCCAUCUAAUGGUGUAAAUAUCGGUCUUGUGGAAGCGUUGUAACACUGCGCAAUCGCAUGCCUAACAUUGGAUCUUAGGGAUGUUUGCCUACACAGUACUUUUAAAUAAUUUGGAACAAUGAAAAUAUUGGAAAUUGUCAUAAAUUAGUCGAGUAUAAAGGUAAAAAUCUUAAAUCUUAAAUAUAACAUUCACAGUGAUUAUAAAUUGAAGAGGACAACAAUCUUUAUCCAGAACUUGAGAAGAUGGGAAAUCACUAAAGUGAUUAUUAGUUUAUAUAAUAAUAGUAUAUUUUAUUUUUUUUUUAAUUAAUUUAUUGACGUUAUAUUUGUGUUAUAUCUUGUGCUUGUUACAGUUUCAAGGCUUUUUGCCCGUAUUUCAGAACAUGGUGAUGUUAAAAACUGGGGUGUAAGAUGUAAGAUAAUGUGAAGUCUUAGAAAAGGCCUCUGAGAGACCCUGAUGCUUGCUGUUUUACUCUUAACUAAACUGUUAUAUGUCUCUAAAUUAGUUUAAUCUGAGAGAUUAAAAUAUAGCAAUGUUUGCAAUCUUUGAAUGUUUAAAUUUCAGCAAUCAUUCACCAAAGGCAGGUCCAAUUCAAAUUACAUAGCAAUGACAAAGUGACUGUUAGGAGUUCAUGAUGAAACUUCAACAAAGAAAAGUUUGGUAUAAUGCACCAUUUAAUUUGUGCAGAAUUGGUGUAGAGUUGCGUGAACUAUGUUCGUUGUGCAUCGUUUUCACUUCCUAUCUCAUCCAUUUUCAGCCUACAUACUGCGCACUGCUGCAUUUGUGUGCCAAUAGUUUGUGGAUGAAGUAGUGGUGUUCAAUGCUUCAAACCAGAGGUAGAGGAGUGAAGUGCAGAUUGGGUGGGUUACAAACAUUGUGCAGACCACGAUCGUGUUGCAGGUCUCUGCAAGACUCUGCUGCAAUGGUCCCAUUUGACAGAGCAGAAAAGAAGGUUACAGCUGGGGCGGGGUUUCAUAUCACGCUGAAUUAUCUCCCAGCAGACUUCAAUAAACACGAAAAGGACGUGUUUAGCUCCUAUUCUCGUCUGCAAGAUUAAAAUGGACCAAAAAUGGCUUCUGAUUCUGGUGAUUGUGGUGUCAUGUCAGAAAUUCACUUCAGGGACUUUCAAAGCAAAGGAAGGGGAUAAGAUUGAUAUCAGCUGUACACCUAAAGACACAACAGGGGCCAGCAUGAUUGUCUGGUUUCGAGUUCUAAGCAAUCACAUGGAAUUCAUUGGGUCUUUCAGCAAAUCUGGCAUAAAAAAGGCCUUAGCAAAAAACUUUGAUGAGCUCUACACUCACGCAAAUGAUCGUCUAUCACUGAAGUCCUUCAAAAAAAACGACGCUGGCCUAUAUGGCUGUGCGUCACUUAUCCAAGGUAAUACACUGGUGUUUGGAGACACAACACAAAUAUCUGCAGAUAAAACUGAAGAUAAAACUGAAGCACCACCAACAUGCACCACCAAACCGAGUGUGCCCAAAAUUGUAACCUGUGAUUGUGAAGACAAGACAGUAGGAGAAGGGGAGUCCAGUUCUGCUUUUAAUUGUAGUCCAAUAAUGCUGGGAGCUCUUUCUGGUGGCUGUGGCCUUUUUCUUCUGCUCCUCAUCAUCACCAUAUUGUACUGCAAUCGGAUAAGGACACGGAGAUGCCCACACCAUCACAAAAGAAGACCUCGAACGGCACCUCCUGCAAAAGAAGUGAUGCCCGGCAGAUAUGUUUAAUCUAAAUGGUGAAAUUUCAGACACUUCUUUUUUUCUUUAACGCUAUUGCUGCAUCUUCUCAUCCUAUUUGCUAAAGUCAGCCUAAAACAUUUUCUUUGUUUGUGAAAAUAUGAGAUGGUUUUAAAGUGGUUGUGUAUUCAGCGCAUAAAUGGAAAGCCUUUUAUUGCCAACAUUGAGUUAUAAUUUUCAUGUGGCUUGAUGGCUAACAACACUGUUUUGUCACAGGUAGAUUGAACCCUUUUAAUGAUAAUUGUGUGGUUUAAAGAGUUUAUUUUGCAAAUCCACAUCAAUUCUUAUGGUUACGGGUACGGCUGAAGAUGAUCCUGAGAAGAAUUCAUUUUGUUUCUGAACUGUGAGCAAUAAUUGUAUAUAAUUCUUUUGAAUUUAAAUAUUUUUUAUUUAAUUUUUUGGGAAGUUUUAAAAGCAAUAACAGUGUGCUUUUGUUUUGCAUUCUGCACACACUAUUUGAAUUGCUGCACUCGCAUUUAGUCAUCAAAACAAUUUAAAGCAGAUUUUUUUUUUGGCUUGUUUAAAAUUACACUUACUCGAAAAGCAUUUGAUUUUAUUCAUUCACAUGUUUUUAAGACUGUAGAGUAAUACUGAAAAGAACAAAUAUGGCACGUUCUUUUGUUUUUGCUUUUAACCGUUGCACAUCCU